AUGACGCGCGAGGUCGACGCGGACGCGGACGUCGACCGGGCGCGCGCGACGACGACGACGACGACGACGACGAAAGCGCGCUGCGACACGCUCGCCGAACGGGUCGUUCGCACGCAGUUUGGUGUGGUGAUGGAUAAGGUGGACGACGCGCGAGGGGCGCGGGCGCAGGGUGAGGCGACGUUGAUGGCGCUCGCGCACGCGUUCGCGCUCGUCGGGUGGUUCGGGUACGGGCGCGUGUCGCCGUCGUUGUGCGGCUACGCCGAGGUGGUGCCGAACGGCGUGGCGAUGUUGUACUACACGAGCGCGGCGGGAACCGCGCGCAGCGCGCUGUGGGGGGCGAUGAUGGGCGCCAGGGCGGAGAGCGUUCGAGCGCUCAAGGCGGCGCGGGCGCUCGCGGGCGCCGUCCCGGCGCUCGCGUUGGUGGGAUUGUCGGUGUUUCCGCGGUGCAUGUUCACCCCGCAUCAGGGAUUCGUGGAGAUUUGGGCGCACGCGACCGCGGUGGCGAUGCUUUUCGAGCUCGCGGUGGAUUCGAGAUACGUCUCGAGACGGUUCAGAGGGGGCGCGACGGCGGUGUCGAGCGACCAGGCGUUGGCGCAGAUCACAUAUUUGCUCGGGUACUUCAUCAUGGGCAAGUACUACACCAUCGGUGGGAACGAUUUCUAUCGCGGCGAGGUCGUGGGAUGCGCGAGCUACGGGUGGUGGGUCGUGAGCAAGCAUCGCGCCGGGACGUUUCCGAACCAGACGGCCGCGCGGACGUACACGUGGAGAGAGCUCUUCCUCGAGGACGGUUUUAUCGGCCUCCUGUGCCUCGCCGCGUAUCGGUACAAUCAAUACUCGCACUGCGACGCCUUCGGGCAGUUUUGA